UAGAUUUCUUUGCAACGUUUCCAAGUUCAUGGUGUCAAGUAAAUUAUGUUAAACGGGAGCUUCACUUUUAUCUCUGGCUAAAUCUAGUUAUAUUAAUAUUAUUAUUUUAUCCAUUAAUGAUUUUAUCUCAACUUACUUUUUAAUUAUUGUUGUCAGGAUGAAAUUCAUGAGCGAGACCGAUUUUCUGAUUUUCUCAUGAUUGCCAUGAGGGAUCUUCUGACUGUUAACAGAAGACUGAAACUGAUAUUGAUGAGUGCUGCUUUGGAUAUCAACCUGUUUAUUGAAUACUUUGGAAAAUGUCCUGUUGUUCAUGGUAAUGUCAGUAAAUGCAUUGCAGAGUUUAUAAUAUAUUAAUUCUACGGUAUGCUUAAACUCUCUUGGAUACCUGAUUGUCAGUCUACACAGCAUGCAAAGAAACUAGUGUCCAAAGCCCAGGUUUGGGGUGUAGUGGCUGAUGGGCAAGUGAAGUUUUUUGGGGGAAUUGAAAUUAUUGAUAAACUGUAAUCAGUGCUUAUCAUAAAUUUUUUGGGGCAAUUUGAAAUGACUUUUGGGCCAGUACAUGCUUGCUACAUUGCCCAAAUAGCAAGCUGUUAAACAGACUUUCUCUGCACCUUUUCUACAUGUGAACAAUAAUGCAUGGAGCUCUUCUAAGGCUUCAGGUUUACACCAAUUGAGUGCAAGUAUACUCCAGCAUGAUUAUAGAUCAGUUUUAAACUGGUAAAAUCCAUACUCAGCUCCAAAGCUGAGGGGAUUAAACAACAACAAAAAAAGGAAAUGGACAGUAUAUCCUCUUAUUACUUCUUCCUUUAAAGUAAUGCCUGACUUCCGAUCAGUAUGGAGGCUUUGCUUGUUAUCAGUGUUGGCAGCAGUAAUAAUUAUUAAAUAGGCACAAGUACCUUAGAUUAUUAUAUCAUGCAGAUUCUUUGUUCACAGUUCCUGGUCGAUGCUAUGAAGUUAAAACAUGCUUUCUGGAAGAUGUGCUUAGAAUGUAAGGGAUGAACAAUAUUAUUGAAUAUAAUAAAUUAUUAUGGUCAUCAUAAAUUCACUCUGUUGACUCUAUUGAAUUUUGUGUUAUUCUCUGGUAAGUUUUAGUGCUGAACAUUCACUGUAUUUUCAGUUAUAUAGUUAUUUCUUGUGUCAUAGGACAUCUUAUUGUAACAAAGAGAUGGCAAAGCAUAUGAAAGAAAUGACAAAAGGUAAUGCAUUAAUUUUAAUUAACAAAAAUUAAACGACCAUUUUUUUACUAGCAUGUACAUUUUACCAUUAUUUAUUUUGAAAAUGUCUACACAUGUUAAAACCUUCCUUGGGUGAAACAUUUUCUAGUGUUAUAUAGAAAAUAAACAACCCAGCUUAUCUAUACACAGUUCUCCGGUUCACCAUUAAUAGGCCUAGUAUUAGCCUAUGUAAUUUCCACACGUUUCCCCUGCACAUGUAGAUAAAUGACCUAGACUUUAUCUCUUUCAAUUCACUUCCUUAUUCUGAAGACCUCAAUAUUUCAUUAAGCAUGCAUUUUACUGUGCUUUUCAGCAACACCCAAACUGCGAAGUUUAAAAGCCAACUAAUGUUUGCAUUCUUUGCUGCUGUCAAUCAUUUUAGCGGACCUCCUAGGAAAAAAGGUCAUGGUUUGUGAUUUGUGAUUGGUCGAUUUUGAUCUGUUUUGUGAGUUUCUGUGUUUCAUGGUUCAUUUCUUCAAAUUGACACAUGCGAAAGAUGCAAUAAGUUUUGUAAGCUUGCUUUUAAAAUUCAGGGUUCACAUGUAAUUGAAAAGUGUAGUAAUGGGGAAUACAAUCUGGUCUCUGUGAUCAAAAAUGCCUUUAGUUUCAUUAAGCAUAUAAUUCUUUUCAGCACAAAAUAAAAGUGGAACAGAGGAUACACACAAAAACGCAACUCCUUCUCCAAAGAAAGAGGUAUCCACCCUGGACAAAAAAGCUGGGGAGCCUGAAAAUGGAGGCAAUGUAAUUCUAGAAAAGCUCAGUUCCCCCAUUGUGGAUAAUUUGGAAUCAGAUCGGACAUUUGAAGACGAAUUGCAACCAACAGAAGGUACAUAACAGAUCAUUGUUGGGUAUGUUUAACUUUACCUUAGUAAAUAACAUGGCUUGUCCCUCCAGGAUUGUUGUUAGUUGCAGCCCAUAAAAAUGAUUAAUUUUAUGUUUUUUUUUUCCUAGAUCUUGAAUUUGAAGAUGAACCUGAAUUCCCAGUUGAGGAAGAACUUGCUGAUGGAGAAGAAAUUGAUCAGGAUAUUUUAUUGGAGGGAGAGGAGGAAUGUGACAAUGAUGCUAACCUUGAGGGAGAUGAUGAAGACAUAGAUGAGGAAGAUGUAGUGGAAGAGGAGGAAAAAGCAGAUGAUGGAGAAGUCAAAGAACUUGAGGCCUGCUUGGAAAUUAUCAAAUUAGAUGAUGCUGAGGAUGAUAAUGUGCAAGCUGAGGCAAAUGAUGAUAGUAAUGAUAAACAAGAUGAGGUACAUGUAGAUUGAGUUAUUAGAUCUGGUACAUUGUUCGUGUAUAUUGCAUGGAAUCUAAAGCUGAUGUUGUACCUAUGGAGCGCACAAUUGUUAAGGCUUUUUUUGGAUGAAGAAACGUUCAUUAGACUCGUACACAUAAAAGAGGUAUAACUUGCUCAUGUUGCCUUGUGCUUGAAUUGGCGUGACUUCUUACCUCCAUAAGCAUUAUGUUUGUACAAGGCUUUCCUAGUUCUGCAUUUGCUUUAAACUAUUUCUUUAGUUAAGCCCUCAUCCCUGCAGCCAUGGAUGACUUGUCUCACUAUGUGGCACUGUCCUGGAGUAACUUUUGUAGAAUGACCCCAUUGUCUCUCUGCUUUCUAUAUGUCCGUCCCCAUGUUUCUUUGCCAGAAUUUUAUUAUAGAAUGCCUUGUUGAGGUAACCAUUUACAGCUAGUUGUUAUUAAAUGGAGCUCUCUUUUUAGGAAAGUGACAAUGAAGAACAGUAUUUGAGGGAAGAAAUGGACAACAGCAUUUCUGAGGCAUGGCUAAAUGUAAGUUUACGAUAUACAUAUCUAGAAUAUCUGUAAGUUUUCCCCUGGGAAUCAUGAGCACUUUUACCUGUUGGCAAUUAAAGUUCAUGUCAAUUGUUAAGCACUUUGCUUUGUUGGUAGGGAGAUGAAGAGUCAUUUGUUCAGAUUCUUUACUUGAUUAUGCAUGAAAACAUCAGUGGUAAGUAGAAGGAGAUUCUGUUUUAGUAUUUCUUCUACAUUUUAUACAUCCACCAUUUUUGGCAAAUGAAAUAUAUCAACACAUUGUCAACUGUAUGCACUUGGAGUCCCUGAUUGCCUAAGACAACUUACGUUACCUUUGGGUGAUCAAGGAUAUCUCUAUUCUUUGCAUAAAAAUCAAUUACUGGGUACCUUGCAUUUCAUGGUUUCAGAGCGCAUAAAUGCUACUCUACAUCUUGUGAUUUCUUGAAACUAUUGACACACUUUUUCUUGAAUUGCUUAAAAGUUGACUAUCAGCAUUCUGAGACCCAGGCCACUGCUCUGAUGGUAGCUUCAGGACGAGGCUGUUCUGGUGUUGUAGAGCAGCUGCUAAAUUUGGGAGCCAAUCCCCACAUCAAGGAACCUAAAAACGGCUGGUAAGGAAAACGUUUUUGUUGUAUUUGCUUUUGUGAGUUACACACUGUACAUACACAAUUAAGCAGAUUGGGGUAUGAAAACAAUAAUAUUUCAUUAUUCAAAGUUUGGCUAAAAUGGUCAGGUUUGAGGAGGGUAGCUGUAUAUUGAAGUAGCCUUUGUUUAACACACUUUUCCGUAGUCGUUUUGAUAAUAACAUUACAUUGGUUGGUCCCUUUAGGAGUUCAGUAUGUGUAUGUUUUAAGUUACUCAGUCAAGCCUCCUCUAUGGACACAUUUGUAAUAAAGACACCUCUCUGUUAUGAAUGGUUAACUUGUUCCCAGAAAUACUAACCUGCAUAACAGGUGCUAAUUUUUGGCAUUUUCAGGUGAGCCAAGGCAAGCACGAAGCAAGCCAAAAUGCCAGACACACACGACAGGGAAAGGCGCAGAAAAAAUAUUAUUAUCAUUAAGUUAUUUUUUCAGUGCCUUUCUCCAUCAUGUGCGUCUGGCACUCCUUGCUGGCUCCAUGCUUGCCUUUGCUCACCUGAAAAAAGGGGGGGAAAUAAUGCCCCUUAUGCAAGCUAAGAAAUACCCAAUUUCAUACACAUCCUACCUUUGUAAAGUAUGCAACACCUCUGUGAAGCGGACACAAAGCUCUGUCCCUUAGGUGGCAGUAUGAAGGAGCUUAAGCAGGUUUUUUUUGAAGAUUUUUACUUGCAUUUGCUGUAAAACUGUUUCCUGUCAUCUGUUGCAAUAGAUACCAAGGAUAGACAUGGAUUGAAACUUGAAAAAAUUGGGUCAACUUUUUCAUGUCAUAAUGCUAUGCCUGCAAAAUUUAAGUGUUAGGGAUUCCUGAUGAAAUUUUGUUUGAUAUCUUCUUCAUAACUCUACAGAACCAUUUUGUGUACAGGUUAAGGCACUACUAACCACUAAGUAAUGACUAUAUCACAGAAUUGACCUUAAACAGUGAUAUCCUUGUGACAUAUUCCCUUUACAGUGCAACUGGGAAAACUGUAAACACUUGAAAUAUUUUAGGAAUGUUUAUUGCGUUACGACCAAUCACAGCAAAGAUCAGGACAUGCGUGCAAGCCACGCAGCCACAAACUAAUUAAGGUUCUUGCUUGAGGUUUAGUCUUCUCAUGCCUGAUUAGCUUUUUUCUUGCACCACAGUAACAUUGCAGAAAUAUUUCUAGGGUUCACUUCUUCCCGGUUUGACUGUAGGUACUUUACAUUGAAGGUGUAAUAUUGUCGCAUGAUAAAUGAUUUAAGGAUAGAUGUUUGAAUACACAUGUGCUUUCAUGGUCUUCCAACAGGACUGCAGUUGAUUGGGCCAAGAAAUGGGAGCAUGCAGAGGUUAUUGAACUCCUUGAAUCAUACAUGUGAGUAGCUAUUAUGUAUUCAGUUUGCUUUAAUAGGACACAGGACUGGUUAACUUACAGUCUGAAACUUAUAUUUUAGGUCAUCACCCAAAGUACCAUAUGUUGAUGAAACAGCUCUGGAAAUGGAAUCAAAUGAAAUAAGUGAAGAAAGCAAGGAACUGCUGUCUAUCUAUCACAAGACAUUUGAUGAUGAUAGAGUAAGUAUUAAAAUAUGUUGAGGAGUGAUACUUACGUGUUAAGCAAAAUAAUCUCUCAAUAUGUUAGUGUCAUUUCUUCUAACAUCAAACCUUAAUGUUUACCAGCAGAAAACAAGAAUUGUUAUCUAUGAGGUCACCUUAGUUGAAGCUCGAUUAUCCUGCAUGAUAGGCAUUCGAAAGGGAAGGGGAAGGGAAUUUUGAUGCUAGAAUAUUCGUAUAUUCGAGGGAGAAGCUCUUCAUCUUUCUUGCAUUCCCAAAAUCCCUUUCCUCUUCCCUUUCUAGCACCUACCAUGCAGGCUUAAGCUCACAAAUUCUUCACACCUGGCUGCCUUGUGGUGCUGAGAGCAAUCAUACAAUGGCCUAGCAGUUUUUAGUUUUUAAUGAACAUAUGAUUGUCGCAGUGGUAAUUGCAAUUAAACCCGAAAAAAUUCUGGACUUCAACUUGUUUUGAGAGAUGCAAAGUAUAAAAAUACUGGUAGUUUUUUGGUGCUACUGAUAACAGGAGCUGAUUACUUUUGGUUCUUACAGAUGAUUACUACUUAUUUUCUUAUAUGGACUAUUAGCAUAUCCGUGGGUUUGAUGUUAGCUUAGAGCAUUGAUAAUAAUAAAUAUUGUAUCGGCAAAGAAGCCUGUUAUAAAACACACGUAUAGUCUCUCUAACAUUCGCAUUUACAAGCAUUUAAAAUACUUUACCUGAAGUGCAUUUUUGUAUUAUCAUUAUCUGUUUAAUCAAAAGGAAAAGCUAGGAAAAUAGGGUCUGCUGUCUUAAAGUUAAAAAAACGUUUGUUUUUCAUCAUUAAAAUAAUGUCUUGCAUUGUGUAGACAGCUGAUCCUUGCUUUUCUCUCUAUUUUCAUUAUAUUAUUCUUUUUUUGCAGCCGUUUCAUCUUUCUUCUUAAUCAAUCUUGUUGUUUGUUUAGGUUGAUCUUGACCUCAUCAUCACUUUACUGACAUACAUAUGUACCAAUGAGAAGGAGGGUAAGUUUUCAUGUUAUGAAGAAGUAGCUUGAGAAACGGGAUAUCAAUAUCCACAUACAAAUUCUUCAGACUGAUCAUCAAUAAUUUCCUUAAAGAAUACGAGAAUCAGAAUGUUUGAUAAACGGCCAAAGCAUUUUGUGCUACAUGGCUUUGUUAUGCACUAUUAAGAUAAAUUACAUCUGGCAAUAAUUUUUUUAUUGAAAAGGUGCUGUUUUGGUGUUCCUUCCUGGCUAUGAUGAGAUCAUCACACUCAGGGAUACUUUGAUUGCUCACAAGGAAUUCGGAAAUUCCAAGAGGUACGGUUCUGUGAAUUGUCAGGACUAACAAAAUAUAUAUCAUGACUCAAGCUACCCAAGAUACGUCUAAAUAGCUAUGUCACCAGUUAAUGGGUGCUUUUCAUUUAACCAAAACUUUCGAAAAUGUGGACUCAGCGGCAAAUGGUACAGAAAUUUCUCCUAAAAGUGUCCAGACAUUGCUGUUGAAUUUCGAAAUGCGAACCAUUCAACCGCAAAAUCAAGAAAUUCCGGGAGCAAAGUUGAGUGGAAGGACAACUUCCAGGAAAAAAUUUUCGAAAAUUUGGGUAUACCUUGCGAGGUUGUCGUCUUUUUCGGAAAUUUUGGAAAGUGCUGUUCCAUUCGCUACUGGAAGUUGCCGAAAAUUCAAACCAGACGUUUGGUUGAAUGGAAAGCGCCCAAUAUUUACCCAUUCUUAAUGCCUCAUAGGACAACUGUAUCUACUGGUCGAACUUUGAGACACCGUCUGACUAUGAAAGUUUUUCAAUGAAAUACAUGAUCUCUUAUUUGGCUAACUUGCACGGAAGCAAACAAUUACAGUAAUUUAGUUACCCGCCCUAAGAAAUGCUCUGCCAAUACUCUUGUGCUACCCCACGGUAGUGGGGCAAUAAGUGACGCUUGUGUUAUUUUGUGCGCAUAACCCGAAAUCGCUAUAACCUGCCACAGUGUAGCCUGCAUAACAGGCGCUUUAUGGACCAAGCGACGCGAACGCGGCAUUUUACGCGAAGCGCGAGACGAGGGGAGGAGAAAAAAAUUCUUCUCCCCUAGCCUCGCGCUUCACGCAAAAUUUCGCGUUUGCCUCGCUUGGCUUAUAAAGCGCCUGUUAUGCAGGCUAGCCACAGGGCUGUGCCCCAUCCCCUCCACCCCCCUUAUUACGCCAUCUUGUAGUUGUUGUCUUAUUUAGCCUGCGUGCAUUUUUUAGUUGCGUGACUUUUUUAUGCGUAUCUUAAGCGGAAUAGUGACAUCAAACUCUACAGAGUUUUCAGAGUAAUAUCUUCUCCAUCUGAUGAGGUUUUAUCCCUUUGUUCGGUAGAUACCAAAUCUAUACUUUACAUUCUUCCAUGCAGCCAUCGGAGCAGCGAAAGGUAACCUAUUAUGAAAAGUAGCAUGUAAAAACAAACGGUAUUGAAGGUAGCAUUAUGUGUAAUGGUACAGCGUUUUUUUCGUAUUUUUUCUUCAGGUUUUCCGGAAACUACCUCAAACCAUGAGAAAGAUUGUAAGUCUGUAGUUACAAAUUCAAAAACCUGGGAAUAAUCUGUUGUAAACCACCCCAAAUAAAAAGUAAAAGUGAAUAUAGGAUAGGCGAAAACUACUCUGAACGGCUAAAAUGAAGUGGUGGGCUGUACGUAAACGAAUUAACAAAAAAGAAAAAAAAAACGGUGGAGACAACUAAAGAAACAUGUUUCCAAUUUUGUUCUCCAUAAAAAAAGAUAUUUAGAUCCCCCUGCAAUAAAUCGUUAAGAAAAUACUGACGGAAUCUGAUUUUUUUUUUAGACUUUCCAAAUCCCCAGAAUUAAUUUUAGAUUAUACAGAGAUCCUAUCUUUGAACUUAUUAGUGUGGUACUUAAUGGAAACAUAUAAGCACAAGAGUCAUAGGUACAUCUAACCAGGAAUCUUGAAUUGCCCUCAUUCAUGUACCACCUAUACUUUUUCAGUUAUAGCAAAAUUGCUAAUAGGCCUUUUUUCCACAGAUUCUCUCUACUAACAUUGCCGAGACCAGUAUAACAAUUGAUGAUGUUGUAUUUGUCAUCGAUAGUGGAAAAGUAAAAGAGGUGAUGUAUCUAUUUGUUGUACAGUACUGUAGCGCAUUACUGAAUUUAGUAAAACAUCGGGGAGAUCUAAAACGAAAAAAAACCGUAGAAAUAAGAAAAUUGCGAGUUUUACAAAGACGUGUAAAAUGUAAGAUCAGUUGGCAGAUUGGUUGCCUGCCCGCGGGUAUACGUUUCUGUGUAAGAAUAUUGAAACUUAAACUUUCCCUAGAGUUUGAAGAAUGUUUCUAAAUUUACUGGCUAAAUUUAUCACUUGAAAUAUGUACACUGGGUCGGCCUUUUAAUGCAUUGUAUGAGAAUGUCAUGAUACCUAUGUUAAGUAUACAGCUAUUUCGAGAAAGAUUGUCGGAAAAACUGUGCACUCGACAAUCCCGAAAGGUAAUAUGGGAUAUGAUCAAUGCACUUUUCCUGACACUGUAGCUGUCGAAUCUACUUUUGUUGCUUUCCUUCAGCACUCGCAAACAUACGUCCAUGGCUUCUCGUGCAAUUCUGUGAAAUUUCUUUGAAAAACAGUGAACUGAAAAUCACCCACAAUACCUUUCGGGAUUGUCGCGUGCAUUUUUUCCGACAACCUUUCUUGAAAUAGCUGUACAUUGGCAGUGGUUUGCAUGAUGUUUUGAUUUUGGUUUUUUCAUACUCAUUGUAAUUGUCCAUACGCCAGUUGCUCACUCCCAUAAUGCACCUUGUUUGCCCCCCAAAAUUUUGCAUAACCUUUGUUUUUCAUUUCUCCUGGGCAAAUACAACCGUCCCAAGAGAAAUUGAAAACAAUGCUUAUGCAAAAUUUUGGGGGGCAAAUAAGGUGCAUUAUGGGAGAUGGGCAAGUGGCGUAUGAAGAGGAACUAAUAAAACACACUUUCGUUAAGGAGCUUUGGAUAUCAGAUACUCUUACCUCAAAGUCGGCUUUAAUACCUUGAUUGUGCCUCUCGUGAGUCUUUUUUUUCUUUUUGAAACUCAAUUCCAGUGUUUGGAUAUCAGAUAAACGCUCUUACUCGUGUUUCAAGUAAUAAAUCGAACACGACAAGCAGUGUUUCUUCUGGUAUCCAAACACCAAGAAGUGAAGGGUUAAAAAAACGAGAAGCGGUCAAGUUUUUUUGCGAGCUGUCCGCGUAUCGGAUGAAACACCGAGUGGAAUGUUUAACAUAGCUUCUCAAAUGAACCAUGAUUCUUGAAAUUCAAAGCUAUCAUUCGCAAACUUGUAAGCAGAGCACUGUUUGUUUUUCAUGAAUUAUUCAUAUGUUUGAGAAUUUUAGGACGUUUGAAUACACGUGUUGCUGAAUAAACGUAAAGAGUAAUUAUUUGAAGUACUAUUAGUUUCGUUACAAAGAAGUGACUGCUUUAUGAUUGCUUCUUAGAAAGCAUUUGAUGCCCUAACAUCAGUGUCCACACUUCACCCUGUGUGGGUGUCCAAAGCAAGUGCCAUUCAGCGAAAAGGAAGGUGGGGCGUUUGUGUCAUUGUCAUUAGAGAUGCUGUAGUAAAAACAACAAAUUCACGCAACAGUGUUAGUGAUCGAUGUUGUUUGUUUUACCACCCGCAUAAGUAAGUUGUUGCGCAAUAAUUUUCGUUGUUUCAGUGUUGUUGUUUAUUCUCAGUUAGAACUAAUCGCUCGACCUGGAACAAAGAAAUUUGUUGCGCGACAGUGUGGUUCGCGCGAGUAAUAAAAUAGGAAACGUCUUUCUCAACUCAUCUCAACUCAUGAAGGAAAAACGUUCCGUAAAAAAUUGCACGAAUUUGUUGUCCUUGACCUCAGCUUAAGAUUUAAGUUAUUGCUUCUUAGACUAGGUUCGUAACUGUCUUAUACAGUACUAGCUGUAGUGAAGGAGAGUAUCUUAGGGUAAUUUUCUUAAUUUAGUCUUUUAGUCUAGUCUAUUCCCAGGGCCCGCUUUUUGGGGGUCCAAUUUAUCAAUUACCUAGGCUGGACUGAUUUGGAUCCACGGGCCGAAAUGGGUCCAAGCGUGGGCAUUUGAUAGGGCUGUUUUGGCUCAAAUUGCACUAAAAUGGCUCCAGGAGAAGCGGCUGAAUCAGACAUUGUCCUACAGGGCUAAACUGGAACUUUGGGGCUGAAACAGAUGUUUUCAUUAAAGAGUAGUCUAUUUAAUUUGUGAGGUCGUACGUUUUCUAGUCGAUGAGAUUUUCUGUUUUGUUUAAAUUCUAGUCUAAGAUAGUUUCUUUAUUUUUGUGCAUAUUUCUCUCUAAUCGAAUUUAAUGCAACGGAUGUAUUGUACAUAUGUUUCUAGUUUCAGGGUUGUAAGUUUUUCUGUAAGAUUUGUAUUUAAUUUAAUUUUCUAGCCAUUGUUCCAGGUCGGUUUUGUUUCUAGUCUCACUUGGUAUCUUGUAUCUUAAUUAGUAUAAAUUCAACCAGUAAACUGGUUUAAUUUCUUGUAGCAUUUGUUAGUGCUAGUCUUUGUUUAGGUUUCAUGUCUACUUUUGUAACGCAGAAGAAAGAAAGGCUGUAGUCAAAUUGCAUUUUCAUGUAUUUACGACAUGCAGUUUUUUGUGCCGUUAUGACCGGUUUUUUUGUGUACAUCAUGCAAUUUCUUGAUCAAUUGUCAUUGAUCCAUUGUAAACUCUAUCGUUUACAGGGCUGGUAGAUGCUCUCCUGGUAUGUGCUUUCACUUAUUUAGUCGAGUUCGCUAUGACAACUUGUUGGACUAUCAGAUCCCUGAGUUAUUAAGAACUCCGUUGCAGGUAAACAGAAUGCGGAUGAAUUGUCAAUUUUCGAGUUGACUCUUUUCAUUAAGUUUUGGCUAGCCUACCAGUAAGCUCUCUUAUAACAUGACGCGCGUGCUUGCCCUAUAUAAUUCCUAUUGAAUCAGUAUGAAAACAAUUUAUUUACGCGCUCUCGUGCUUUAAUAAGGUGACGUGUUCGGUUGUUCGAGUACGCACGCUAAGCAUCGGCCAUGAUAUCGUGAGAGGUUACGCGGGACCGGCAGGCGAAAAGAUACUAGAAAGUUCGAUUUCUUUCGCAACUCGCUCUACUCGUCCCUUGAAACGGAGAGCUUACCCGCAGGCUCCGUUUUGACUAAAUUUUGAGGUUGCCGCGACGUCUGUGUUAUAUGCUACACGGUAACUUGAGCAAAUGCUGUCUUUUAAAGCCUGUUUACAUUGAGGUGGGGGACCCCAGGUAGGUGAGGUAACCCGCUUAGGUGGAGUAACCCGCCUGUCCACAUAAUCUCUCAUUUUGAUUUGAUCACGUUUACAUGAUAGGUGCCGUGGGGUGACCCGCCACAUGUUACCUCACCUCCAUGUAAACAGGCCCUUAGUACGCAUAUAAACCUUUUAGGGAGGAAAGUUGCAAGCGAAUGAAAUGUCCUGGACCACUGAAAAACCGAUUUAUUGUUCCACUGAAAUUCGUCUCAUCAUACUUCCUUUCUGUAUCAGUACGGCGGAAUACUACAAUCUACUGUAUUUUACGCUCCGAUCGGAUAUUCAAUCCGUUAAGGGUUUCUAUUUCUCUGUACGGCAAGAUAACCUCAUCUUCUUUUCUCCCAGUUCUCACUCCAAAUAAUUAUGUAGUAUCUUGAUUUAUUAAUGAACAACGGCAAUUUGAAGUUCUUUUAAAAGCUGAUUUCAGAAUUUACAGUAUAAUAUAUUUUUUGUUUCUUGUAGGAACUCUGUCUGCACACAAAGCUUUUAGCAUCACCCAACACAUCCAUCGCUGAUUUUCUGUCUAAAGCUCCUGAGGCUCCUCCAUUUUUGGUUCUUAGAAAUGCUGUUGCUCUGCUCAAGGUUCGUAAGCAAGUUUUUUCCUUUUUAAAAUGUGAUACAAGUUAGUGUUUCAACUUAGUUUGAUAUUUAGGAGCUUUGGUACAUGUUACUAUAAUUGUUAUAUUAGCUUUCGUGUUAGUCUGGAUACUAUGCCACAGUUGACAGCUCUAGAAGUGCGGAACUACAUUAAGAAUAACAACGGUUUUAUGGUAGGGUAGAACUGCGACAUUAUCCUUACUAGGUCAGACUUUGAAUAAGCACACUUUAUGUCGUCAUCCGCAGACUCAAAACUCAGAACCACCUUUAUCGCCUUAACCUGUAGCGGGCUGCAUUUUUGACUUCAUUUCGUCGUUAAACACAAAAUUCUUCCCAAUUUGGUUAUCAGUAACUGGUUAUGGUCAAUUAUGCGUGUGAUUUUAGCCUAUCAGAAUUGGGGAAAUAUUUUGAAUGAGUAAUAAUUUGCUUUAACCAACAGACGAUUGAUGCUUUAGAUCAGUGGGAGGAUCUGACUGACCUAGGUAAAUACUUUGUCAUAGCUAUAAUCUCUAUCGUAUAAAAGGUCUCUAAAAAUCUUUAUUAUCACUGCUUAUUUGGAAAAGGAUAAAGAAGAGAGCUGACAAUCGUCAUCAUGUUUCUCUAGACAAUAAACCCCCUUGUCUUUCUUGACUUUUGUAAUUAGCUGCAUUUGCGACAUGAGUGGUCUGAUUGUUACUUACUUUCCUUUACCUCUAUUUUUGCUUUUGUAGGUCGACACCUUGUAGAUUUACCUCUCAGUCCACAGCUAGGAAAGAUGAUCUUGUACGCUGUGGUUCUCAAAUGUCUAGACCCUGUGGUGACUAUAGCUUGUGCCCUGGCCUACAGGGAUCCUUGUAAGGAUUUUGUUAUGUUUAGACUUUAAAGACUGAGCUGAGGUAGCUAGCUCAUUCCUCGAGAUAGUGUGUGCAGUGUGAAGGGAAUAGUAAAGCAAUGCGCUGCUCCCUACCAUCUGUUCGCCUGAAACAUGCUGAGGCUUACCAUUAGUGUCCAUAGCUUGUUCACUAGUAUCCGCAGAUCCGUGUAAGGAUGUUGUUGUUGUUUGUUUUUUAUGACCUGAUGUACUGGGAGUGACCCAGUUAUGAUAAUAGCAUGUGUUCUGACCUAGAUGGAUACUUGCAAGGACAUUGUUGCUUAGUUGUUACUUAGUUACUUAGUGGCAGACCUGGGUGAACCUAUUGGCGACCCUGAUAUGUACUGAGAAUCCUUUUAAGGUUAUUACAAUGAUUGCUGCCUUGGUAGACAACGUGUUUGCUGUUGUUCACGUAGAGUGAUUCUGCAGAAAAAACAUCCUAAUAUUUGUUUUCUUUAUUUUUCCGUUGCACAGUCAUCUUACCCAUGUACCCAGCGGAGAGGCGUGCAGCUGCAGCAGCCAGAAAGAGAUUUAUCUUGGAUCAGUUUAGUGAUCACCUGGUCUUCGUUCAAGUAUUCAGGGUAAACCAGUUAACAAUUUACGGAGUUAUUUCAGAAGAAGUUAUCAAUGAUCAACUUUAUCAUUACAGUAACAUUGCUGUCAAGAGCAAUUCGCGAUUUCUAUUUGCCACUUAGAAGUGAAGCCCAAAAGAACUGACUUGCUUUGACGGUCUUCCCAUGAUUGACGCUGGAUGAAUGUUUUUACUGGAGAUUGACUAGUGAAUUAGAAUUUGUGUGCUUUUGAAAACCAGUCUUCUGGUAACUCUUUGGUGUCUUUCGUUUUUCAGGGCUGGCAGCGUGCUAGAUCUGAAGGAUAUGAUAAGACCUACUGCCGCAGAAAUUAUUUGUCUCAAGCCACGAUGGAAAUGAUGGCUGGCAUGAGGUCAGGCGUGUUUAUUUAGUUAACGAACUUUUAUGGAGGAGGAAAAGCCGUGCUUUGCUAGCGGUCGGAGUGAAGAUCUUUCAUGUAACAAGUUGAAUAGGUCAUAAAAUGCAUUGGUUUUGUGUUCGGUAGAAAGAAAGACCUUUUGCGAACUUUAUUGUCCUGUUUUGGAUUCGUGAGGAUGAUCUCUAUGACAAAGAAGAAACUCCUCUGUGUGACAUGCUGUAUUUUUUUACAGGUCCCAGAUUCUUGGCCAGUUGAAAAUUGCAGGUUUUAUUCGUCCUCGUGGGGCGGGCGACAUCAGAGACUUGAACUCAAACUCCAAUAACUUGGCUGUUGUUAAGGUAGGAAGCUUUUCUGGAAAACUAAUAAAGCAAAACAUUUAUUUCUAAAAGUAAACAAAGUAAAAUUCUGACUACGUGGCUAGCAUCUAUGCAGAUUUAUUGGAACAAAAGAAAACGUUUACAUAAGGAAAGAGUUCAACUCCUAAAGAACUACAAUAUAGCCGCUGUAACGUCAUGUGAAUAUGUUCUUUAACUGACAUAGGCAGGUUUGUAAGAUGGAUGAGUUGGACCUGAUGUUUACACCUACAGUAAAUCCUCUAUUAAGCCCCCCGGGGGGCUUAUUUCUUUCAAGCGCUUUUGAAGGGGGGGAGGCGGGGGGCUUAAAAGAGAGGGGGGCUUAUUUAAUAUAGCAAAAUGUAUCACCAGUAGCAAAAAUACCCUAGUAAGAGACAGAUUAGACUUAUGUGUUGUACUAGUCACUGUCAACAGUAUUUAAUUCGCUUGUGGGAGCCUCCACAGAGAACUAGAAAGUAAAGUUGAAAAAGUUAAUUACAUAAAAUUGGAGGUCAUGCGGCCGAAGACGAAAGACAAUAUGAACUUCCAGCCUCACGAAUAAACCAUAACUGAUCAGUCCACGUAAAUUAUUUGUGAAGAAUAAGGAUGGAAGAGAGGGGGUGGGCGGCGUAUUAACUUUCCUCCUCUGAAAAGGGGGGGGCUUAUUUGAGAGGGGAGGGCUUAAUACAGGAUUUACGGUAUCUAUAAAAGGCAACAAGACGUAUAUAGUGAAAUAUCUGAUAAUAUGUAGUGAAAGGCAACUUGAUAAUAUUAUAUAGCUUAAGGCUCUUGAUUUUAUUUCAAUUUUUUACUGCAGGCAGCCCUCUGUGCUGGAACAUUUCCCCAAGUGGUCCGAGUAGACAGAAGCACCAACAAACUAACAACACAGUAGGGACCAUUUAUUUGACCUUUAACGUCAAGUCUUACAUUUGAAAGAUAUGUCGUGAUUUAAAAUAUAGUUGGUUCUGUAUGUUCAAAUUUUAUUUUCGUUUUUUUGGGUUUGGUAGUAUAAAGCGUUUAAAUAAAAUUUGAGCUAUAGGUUAGAAUUAAGUUAAACAGAUAUUUUCAGGUUGACAACGAAAACAUUAUCUAGAAGAGCGAUCGAUACGUGGAAACGUGAAAGUGUAUAAAUUAUCCAACUAAUAUUAAACUUUUUUCUUUCAGGAAAGAAAGCAAGGCUCGUUUUCAUAAUUCCUCCAUUUUGUACCAGCCCCCUGCACAUGGCGAUACUGUGUCAACUGCACAGGCCAAAGCGAUCGCUAAACUACCAUCUGACUGGCUGAUAUAUGAAGAAAUGUCAAGGUACAUUGAGCCCGUCUCUAAUAUCAACUCUACCUAACCACUCUCUGCGUAAACCUUUUUUUGGUGAGCGGAUGGGCCUUCGUGGUAUUUGUCUUGGUUUUUUCUACAAUUUCCAUGCAAGGGAGUGGACGACGUGAUUGUUAGGAGACGGUUUAUUCGACAUCCUUAAUGCUGUGUAACGUUUCACUCACUAGUGUCGGCUAUGCAAAGCUGACGUUAACUUACAUAAUGUCCAACUGGAAAGUAGAAAAGUAGAAAAACCAGUUCUUAACAUAAUUAAAAAUUCCAUGCUGGGUGAACAGAAGGUUAGUAGCGGCCGAUAAACUUAAACAGGUACUAUAUCCAACUCAUGGAUUUCAUUCGUGGUGUGAAAAAUUGUCAAGCAUAAAAUAAUGAGCUUUUCUCUCACUUCGCCCCAGUAAAUACACAAUGAAAUGAGGUCGAGUCUUGGGUGGACGAUAUGCCAUUUUCGAUUUUUCUCUAGUUCAAAACGAGGCUAAGUGCAAAACCUUUCUAGUGAAAAUGAGUUUUAUUUACAUAACAAUAAACAACCACUUUUGUGUCAAUGGCUUCGCACUUAGCCUCGCUUGGAAACAGAGGCUGCGGAAACUGUCUAUUGUCGCUCUUGAGGAUACAUUUGUAUUCUGUCUCUCUCGACAGACUUUACACCACAGUGACAGUGAAGUGCUGUAGCCUUGUGUCGCCCAUAACAGUAGCGCUCUUCACUGGUCCCAGCCUUUCCUCUGAACACGUUACCCAGGAUUUCUCAGCUUCUCGUGACAGUGAGAGGUAUCCUGGGGAUAGCCUGGGGCGAGAUAGUGAGAGCAGUGAUAGCGAGACAGAGGAAAAAGAAGGAGAGAGGAAUGGGAGAAAAGGUGUUGUGUUUAAGUUGGAUGACUGGAUUGCGCUUUCUGCAAGCCAGGAGGUAAUCUCCUUUAAUUAAACAGCAGCAGUAGAGGUGAUUACGGGUUAAUGAUAUUAGCAGUAAAUUAAUGAUAACAAUCUAUCCACGAGACGUUGCUUGCUACACAAUUGCGAAAGAAAUUUCCAUUUUUCCUAAUUACCUAAUCCAUCGGCUAGGUCCAUACGAUUUAUGGCUCAUUAUACGUUUCUGGGAAUUUGCCAACCUACCCCUCCCCUAAGCCAAUAUUUUGGCCUAAGUUAAAAGUAAGUGUUAAUAUUGGCUUAGGGGAGGGGUAGGUAGACAGUUUCCCGGAAACGUAUUAUGAUCCACAGAAAUUGAUCAUUAGUAGGCUUAGCUACAUAAUUCCGGAAUCAUCAGUUUUGGGGGGAAUUUUAGACAUCAAAGGGAAUUUUAGAAAGUCUCGGGAAUUUUAGAAAAAAAAUUGACAAAUUCAAGAAUUUUAGAGCAAUUUGAACAUUCACCCGACAUUUUGGCAACAUUUCACGGGCAAAAACGUUGACAAAACCUUUUUUGGGUGUAUUCCUAGCGACCAAGAGAGGGCUCAGUCCCCUCACAUGCUACAGCCGUUUCUAGAGCACUAUAGGACAUUCGUUUGGAAAGGAAGAUAAAUAAAACGAUGUGUCUUGGAACUUUUAAACAUUGGUAACAAACGAUGUUUUUCAAUUAAAACUCUGUCUUUCUUGUUACAUCGCCAUCAGAAAAACGAAAGUUUUUGAGAAUUUUCGGGAAUUUAGAGAGCUUUGGAGAAUUUCAGACAUUUCUAAAAAGAAUUUUAGAGCUGUCAUCUUGGUACUUUCAUUUGUCUCAUCUACAGAAUGUCAUGUAACUUCUUGGUCGUUUUCAAUCAUUAAAUAGAAGGUACACUACAGUGAUCUUGUUUUACAAGAUUAACGGCAAUUAUCUUUUCUUAACUGUAGGAUGUGAACAAUGUAACUUAUUUACGACACAAGUUGCAGGCAUUUUUCGUCAGGAGGAUUCGUUCUCCUUCCAGACCCUGGUCGCAAGUGGAUGAGGUAAAACAAAAAUUAAUCCCUUUGUGUAGUUGUAAUUAAAAUUAACGUCAUUAGGGAACAAUAUAAGCGCCCCUUAAUGCCGGAGUCUAGUCCAGUUUCUGUGAUAUAAACUGUGAUUGACUAAUGGCAAAACGUUUUUUAUAAACAGAGCGCGGUGCUUAUCAAAUAACCACCUCUGUAGUAACUUCCGAGAAAAGGCAUAAUGAUAUCUAUAUCCUUGUUUUCUCGUAAUCUGCAUUGGCGGAUUUUUCAUUGUUUUCUUUACAAAGAUGAUUGUUCGAGCAAUAACAGCAGUCUUGACAUCGGAGGAGCAAAUCAUGAAUCCAACCUUGUACCCUCGCCAAAGAAGAACACGACCCGGUAAUGUAUUUUACUGUAGCUAUCAAGGUGUGCGAUUGUCUUGUUUAGAUAGUGAACACUUCCACCAGUGUUCACAGUACUUUAUAUUUGUCAGUUGCUUCGCAGUGAUAGGAAGAGCCCACAAUAGGAGAAAAAUGCGACACGCUCGUUUGGACCAGAUCCGUUUUGGAUUCGCUCAGACCGAGGUUUCUUUUCAGUGGCCAAUAAUUACUUACAUUAAGUCAUUCACAUCUGAAUUUCUGCAGUGUUUGAUCUCUCCACCAAUGUUCCUUGACGCAUUGUUGUGUCCGCUGCCUCAUUAUUCUUGGUAUGUUGUUGUGUAUUUACUGAUUGUAUUUGUAUCGUGAUGGUAUAUUUCCAGGAAUUGAAAGUGGGCCUGACUCCAGAUCUAGAAUCGACAGGUGUGUAAGAGUGUGUAGUAAUUUUAGUGACUCCCCCUACCAACAAAAUACUUUUCACAACUUUUGGAACAGUUGAGCAUUUCCUCCUGUGACAAUCACAUGUUGAAGUCAAAUAAGAUGUGAUGCAUUUUCACGUUGUCUUUUCGUUUGUCUCGUUGAAUAUACAUAUUUACCGUUAUAUUUGCAGGACACGGCGACCGGAGCAGUUUUCUCCAUCGAGGGAACGCCUGCGUGAUAACUCUGGUAAAAAUAACUUCCUCUAUGUAACUGUAAGCCUAGUUUAUUCUGCCACAAGUGCUUUCACCCCACAGCAUUAAUUGAAAGCUUAUUAGACUCUCUAUCACUCUUUCUGAAGUUAAAAUAACAAUUUAACACAUGCUUGUAGCUAACAAACAGUUGUUGUGUUUAUCAGGUUCAGGUCCGCGGGGGAAAAGUGAAAGACCAUUCUCUCCACAAGUGAGUUUUUUCUUGUGUACCAUGCAGACUGAAAUACGUCCGUGUGAAACGUGAGAAGAAGAACGUGUCUUGAAUGCCCACAUCGCCCUCGCUGCAAAUAUGCAGUAUUACAUGCUAAUGAUCAGUCCAGCUUGGCAUAUCUGCCUUAUGUUCAUUAUUAUGAAAAAUGCCACCGAUCCAACACCGAUCCAACCUGAUGCUGAUCAGUGAGGGCUUUCCUCAAAGCACACUAAGCAAAGCCUUAUGACAGUAUUGAUUUGUUUUUACAGAAUGGUAAAACAUCCAGUGAUGGAUGGAUGUCAAGGCCUGCACAGCUGUCUGAUAAGCUAAGUGAAGGUUAGUGUUGGUAUUUCUUAGUAGCACUUUGGCUUCCAUUUGACUGUCUGAAAAGAAAUUGUAUAUUGACAUACAUGACGGUCUUUGCGAUUAUGUCAAAGUUACAUGUAUCACAUCCUUGGUUUUCGUUUCAGCUCGUUACUUUAUUAUGAAAUGCAACAAUCAAAGAAAUUUAGACAUAUCAAUGGCAAAGGUAAGUACUGUCUUUUUUCUCAUUCCGUUUGCAAACAGUUCCCAAAGGAUUCAUACUAAUUUUUCCAUUAUCUGUCUUCAUCUUUACUUCUUUAAUUUAUCACCCCUGUCCGAUGAAGUGAAAUUCUUACGACGUUGUUUUCUUUCUAUUGUUGAAGGGCAUCUGGGCAACAACCCUGGCAAAUGAAAAGAAACUAAACAGAGCUUUUAAGGUAAGUUCUUUGGCCAGUUUAUCCGAGACUUUUAUUACGAUAUAUUGUUAUAUUUUAAAAUACCAAAGUCUCUGAAGUCGAACAAACUACUUAAGUUGUAAGGGUUUUCGAGGUUUUACAUGUCACUGUGCGACUACGCCUGGAAAAACGAUUUCAAAGAGUGGAUUCUAAUCAGAUUUGUGUUACAACAGGUUUACGCAAACAUUACAAUUAUUGUAUUACUUUUGAAAUAAGUAGUUCAAAAUACUUGCUCUAUGUUCUCUUUGUGCUGGAAAAACGACACCAUCUAGGACUGUUUGUAGUAAAGACAGACACUGUUAACAACGCUAUCUUUAACGUUAACAUUUGCACUUGAAUGUUGUUAUAGGAAAGCAAACGAGUUAUUCUGGUGUUCUCUGUGCAAGGAAGUGGACAUUUUCAAGGUGACGGUUUAGUUGAAGUGAUUUUCUCUGUCUCUAUCUGUAUCUCUAUCUUCUUGCAUUAAUGAUUGCCUGCACCAAAAGACAAACUCUUUGAAAUCACCUUGCGUGUUCCUCGUCUUACAGGUUAUGCACAGAUGACAUCCGCUAUUGGCAAGGACAAGUCACCCGAGUUUGGCUCAAGCUCCCUGAGUGGAGUUUUUAGUGUUGAAUGGAUAAAAAAGUAUGUGCUACAUGUUUUCUAUCUCUAUCACCCAGUCUGUUGAAUAACUAAUACCAUGUCGAUAAAACUUAAGGCACCAUCCCCUUACAUUACCGUUUGAGUAGACGGAACUCCCUCGGAAAGGGUGUGCCAGAAAUUUGCAGGUUCUGCCUAAUACAGCGAGUGUAGCUAUGAUUAAAAAGGCAAACACUAAUGCGUUUCAUUUUCCUUGGUCUUUAGAGCUAGUAUUCCCUUCCAACAAGCUCAUCAUCUGGUAAACCCGUGGAAUGACCAUAAGAAGGUUCAAAUCAGUCGUGAUGGACAGGUAAGACUUACAUCAUGGCCUCUCUGUGUUAAGUAUUGUUUAUUUUUUUUUUGACGUGUAUGUAUAGAUGCAUGGAAAUGAGAAAGGAUGAGAUGCAAAGGGUAUAGUGUGGUGUAUAAUUAGUGGGUAUGAAUAUGUGACGAAGCACAAGGAAGAAUUAUCAUCGCAUGCGUAGAACAGAAAGGUUUCAAAUGGUUCAGUAUGGUGCACAGGAGAAAGAGAAAUAAUUAGAAGGUGUGUGAAAGCGUAGAGUACAGAUGUAACAAGUGUACAGGUGAGCUUUUAUUUCAUUAUCACCGUAUUGGUAGCACAGGGUGAAUAAAAAGGAAAAAAGGAUCAGUUGUGAUGUAUAGGUGGAAGGUGAAAGGAGUAAUGUGUGAGAGGAAGGAGAACAGAUACCAAGUAACUCGAGCAGAUGAGUGUAAGUAUGGGUUAAACAGGACGAUUUACAAAAGGUCAUGGUAUGAAGAACGGGUGGGUGUCAAAGUGGGUGUUAUUGUGAAUACGGAGCUUGAUUUAUGAGGAAGUGCUAUCAAAAUAAACAUCGUUGAUGGGACAGCAGGGCUUACAUCUGGAUCACGGGGAUGUAAGGGUGGGAAUUAGGGUGACAAAAUAUGUGUAGUCGACUCACAGAUGUUGGAAAAAUGGGAAAUGCCAGGAUGAAGCAUACCCGUGGAAGGGCGCCGAUGUGGCUCAGUGAUAAAGAGAUAGGAGAAUCGGAUAUUAAGGUGAUUAGUAAGUAUGCUGCAAGUAGUGGCAUAAAUUAGGGAGAACGUGGAAGAUGGAGGCAUGGAUUACUCAGAAAUGGUGAAAAGUUAGGGAUGUUGUAAUGUAUGUUGUAGUUAUUGAAAAGAAUUGUUGUUUAAAUUCGAGGUAGGAUUCUGCUAGUGACAAAAACCGUCUUUUUGGUUCUCAGGAGUUGGAACCCAAAGUUGGCGAAGAACUUUGCAAGCUGUGGGAUGUUGAUCAGGCCAGUCCAAGUGGACGCACUCCCAGGUCAACCAACAACACCAGCAGACGUGGCAAACCAUCUGUACAAACACAGCCAGAUCCUCACCCCUCCCCCAGUCACUGGCAAGCCACACAAGCAAAUGUUGGCUACCCCGCUAUACAACAAGUGUACACUACACACACCCCCUCCCUUCCUAUCCCUGUGCCUAUUCCAUCUGCUCGACACGCCAUCCCUGCCCAUUAUACGCGCCAAGUUGUUGCAGCUCAGCCCAUGGCUGUACACACUCACGCCGCUGUUCCCUUUGGAGCUCACGCUGUUGCGUUGCAGUCUCAGUUUCGUUCAGCGGCUCCUCGAUACCCAGGAACCAUCGUGCAGCCACCAAACAUGAGGACGAUGGGGCCGCCACCACGCGGCACAAGAGCGCCGUUUAAUGCUUCUCGAAAAUAAUACAGUUAUUUAGCAAUAUGAUCUUACAGAAACCUGGUGACAACAAAUACUAUAUAGUGAAAGCUCACCAUCAACCACUGGUUACACUACGAAACUCUGGGUGUAGCCAGUAACUGACACAUGCGUACAACCAUAUCACCAAACCAGUAUCUAAUAUACUGAGAGAGGCUUUGCUUUGUGUUUGUGGUCGGGUGAUUCAUAAGGUAACCUUCGUAACUACCCAAUCCAAAAACGAUCAUUUUUGCGCUGGCUUGACAGCGGCAUGUUUACAGGAUUUGAUUCCGCGUGGGAAGGAAAAUGGGAAAUUGAUGGUUUUUUUUGUUUAUUGCCAGCAAUCUGUCUAGAGUUAGAAAAAAACGUUACCUAGAAAAGAGUAAGGUUCACGGACAAUUUAAGACAAUACAACGCAGCCGAAAAGAAUGCAACUUGCUCGCGUUCGAUGGAUACAGAAAAGUAGGCGUAUUUUCUCGUUAAGCGCUAUUGAUUAAGAAAUAAGAAAAACAUUACAUCUUUAAGUAGCUUGAUAUAUUUAUUAGGUUAACCAUAACAGUACCACAAUGCAGGUGUUUUUAAUUAAUCUUACGUGAGAAAAUAGAGAACUAGAAGCCAAAAAUGAAUCUGGGGUUGGUGUAAUAUACACGUGCUAGAUACUUACUUAAUAUCAACGCAAACAGGAACUUUUCAUGUAGAAAAGUGAUUUAUUGGACUAUUGAUCACUAUAUAACAAUAUACUAUAAAGAUCUAUAAACUGAGAUAAAUACUGCCGGGACUGAUAUAGCAAAGGCUAUUCGAAGUGGGUAAUCCAGUAACCCAAAAGUACAAAUUAGUUAAACUUUAUUUCUAACUUUCGUUUUUUAAUAUCUCAGUAUAGCGGAUUGAUAAUCUGAUUAAAAACAGCCGUUUAAUUUACCUAGAUCCUAUACGAUACAAUUGUUUUCUUCAAAUGAGAAGUUUUACAUAAGCUCCGCUGUUCUACGAAGCAAACCCAUUUGCGGCG